UUUUUUGAAGGUUUACCUUGCUCACAGAUCUCAACCUUUCCUUCCGAGAAAGUUUUAUAACCCCAGGAUGGCACGAGACAUGUGUUGUUACACAGUGAGCCAGCUUAACAGAUUGUGGAGCAGAGUUCCUCAGUGUAGGGCACCCCACCAACAAGGCACAAUUCCAGCCGCCGCCCGCCUUGCCAACACCAUCAACCACCUCCAGAUUGUGUGGGCUACGCCGACCACCCCAUAUCCGCCGCCCACGAUCUCGACCAUUGAGGAUACUUGUUUUUCCACACAGUCUCCCCCUUGAGCACUGUCAAUUCUGCAGUCCAACCUGUUCCUGGCUCCCAGCUCUGUCCUUUCUCCGCAUCAUAUCGCAACCCAACUGCGCCCAGGCACUCGUGAACGAUGGAUGACUAUGGGACCGAGUCCGAUAGUGACUACACCAGCUACUGGCGAGAUUGGUUCAUUUCGUCCCGGGGCAACGAGUACUUCUGUGAAAUCGACGAGGAGUAUUUAACGGACCGUUUCAACCUGACGGGCCUAAACACUGAGGUCCAGUACUAUCAGUAUGCACUGGACCUGGUGACAGAUGUGUUCGACCUUGACUGCGACGACGAGAUGCGCGAGACCAUUGAAAAGUCGGCCAGACAUCUGUACGGGCUCGUUCACGCCCGCUACAUUGUCUCGACACGGGGUCUCUCCAAAAUGCUGGAAAAGUACAAAAAAGCCGACUUCGGAAAAUGUCCCCGCGUCAUGUGCAACUCGCACCCUCUCCUCCCCAUGGGCCUCUCCGACGUGCCGAACCUCAAACCGGUCAAGCUGUACUGCGCCCGCUGCGAGGACACGUACAACCCCAAGUCCUCGCGCCAUGCGUCCAUCGACGGCGCUUACUUCGGCACCUCGUUCCACAACAUCCUCUUCCAGGUCUACCCGGCCCUCGUGCCCGCAAAGAGCACCGAGCGCUACAUCCCGCGCGUGUACGGCUUCAAGGUGCAUGCCGCGGCGGCCCUCGUGCGCUGGCAGAACGGCGUGCGCGACAGUAUGCGCCGCCGCCUGCGCAAGAUGGAGGUCGAGAGCGGGUUCAAUGGCGAGGAUGAGAUUGAGGAGGAGGAGGAGGAGGAGGAGGAGGAGGAGGAAGGUGAUGACCAGCAAUUGGCCGAGUACAGGGGAGGCGCUGCCGCCGCCGGGCCGUCGGGUUUGGGGGGUGACUCGCAGAUGGGGAGCGUUGCGUAG